AUGGAUCAGCUCUGUGUUCGAGAAUCUAUCUCUGCCAUCAUCACUCUACUAACAGUCUGUAAGUUUGAUCCCAACAGACUCGUAGUCAGCACUGGAUCCGGAGACACUUUCACACCGGAUGCAUUCACCCGACUUAUUCCGGUCAUUCUUCAGACCAAGUCCCAGCAAUUGAAGCGAAAACCCUCAGCCGUUUUGCACUUGAACUCGUUUGCAAAUAUCACGGGGAAUGAUUUUGCUGUCAACUCGUUUGUGCCCUGGUUCUUCGUCUCAUGCGACCGCGAAGUUCCUUCGACUUUUUUUGGGAGAGUCGGUGACAGUUCAAAUGAAAAGCCACGAACCCUUGCUGAUGGAUCAGCGAAAGCAGCUGUCAGAAAUCUUUGUCGAAAGAUGCUAGUGGAAUGCUUUUGGUAUCGUGGUAAAAACCGUGUUUCUGCAAUAACGAUGUCAAGGGAUUCGGAUAAAUGCCCGGUGAUGGAAAACUUCAGGAACCUGACGGGUCACACCCUAGUUGGCCUGUCCAUCGUGGGUUCCAUACCGAAAUUACCUAAUGCCCCCUACGAACUGGACGUGUACUCGAUGGACACGGCUUGCGCCUACUUGAAAUGCAACGUGGAGAUGAAACCCGUGCUUCGGGAUGGCUUCGGAACUGAGCUGAAGAACAAGACCUGGACUGGACUCAUGGGCGACUUGCAAAACGGGCCGGAUAAUUACGUGGGGGUAAUGGUGCCGACUUCUUUCCGGACUGUCGUCGUGGACUUCACUACUGGAGCCCUGUAUGAUGCCUACAACAUCAUUAUGCGAUUGAUCAAGUAUACGGUCAUGGUCCAACCAUUUGAUUGGUACACCUGGUUACUGAUAAUAGGAGGGACUUUGAUAACAGCAGUGUUCCUUGGAUUGCUGGCUGCUAUCAAUGCAGAUGAUGAAAGACCUUCUUUGGGAAAACUGAAGCAAUACCUGUUGAAAUCAGUCCCUGAUACAAUCAGAGGCUUAGUCCUGCAGAAUCCCGAAGAGGAGCUGUCAUCAAGUGACCAUUUCCGUGUCGGGAGCCUCGGGUUCCAGCUGGGUACCAUCGUGGUCACAGUGGCCUACAGCAGCAUGUUGACUGCGCUGAUCGCGUUGCCGGAUUACGAACGAUCCAUCAAUGAUUUCCAAGAUAUAGUUGAUUUGAAAGCCACGGUGUAUUUGCAUACCUUUGGUGGAGCCACGAACACUAGGGUUCAGGAAGAUCUAAAGGCGCUUACGGGUUCAGGUGAACGCAUUUCUUCCGAGUUGGUUCCAACGAUUCCGUAUCAGAACAUAUUGGAUGGAUUCCAGCAAAGAAGGUCCUACGUGAACUCCUAUUUGGUUUUGUUCAAAUUCAUCAACAUUGAUGUGCCAGCAAACGUGUCUGAGGAAUUCCACUACUCCAAAGAAAAGCUGUAUCAGAGGUUUUAUUCUUUUGGUUUGAAGAAGAAAUCGCGUUACUGGAGGUUCUUGGAGCACUUUUCAUUCAUCAAUGCGGCCUACGGGUUCCCGGCAUUGGACGAGAGACAGUUCAUUCGCAACACUAAUGACAAGCUGCCCAAAGAAAACGUCACUAUUCCCAGGAUGCAACAGUAUCAGAUAGAGAACUACGUGGCGUCGUACAUAAUUCUUGCUGUCGGGCUUGUUUUGUCAGUCAUUGCAUUUCUCACUGAGAUAUUCUUGGAAUGCUGCAGGAAGCGGAAAGCCAUUGGAAUGCACCGGGAAUAGAAAAUUAUUGACCAGCAUAUAUCACGUAUAUAUUUAAGGUUACCUGUAGGGUGUGGACUGCAGAAAUACAGUGUUUAUAGUGGACAGA